UGUAAUUUAUAACCUGGUCUGUUACAGUAAGUGCUGCAGCAGUCAGAAGGAAUGGAUUUGAAGCUAGUCACUCUCUUUGCUGCUCUUGCAUUUGUGAUUGUCCAAACAUCUGAGGCUACUCUACUUCCAAUAUCCUUUAACUGUUGCACAGAAGUAUCGCACCAUGUGCCCAGAAGACUUCUAAGAAAAGUUCUAAAAUUUGAAAUCCAGAAAGAUGAUGGAGUGUGCAACAUACCAGCUGUGAUCCUUCAUGUAAAGCACAAGAAGUUAUGUGUAAGCUCACAUAAUAAAACCAUUAAGCAAUGGAUGAAAAGGAACACAAUCAAAAAUCAUGGAAGAAAUGGAAAUCUUCAUUCUGAAGAAAAGGAACACCAAAAGGAAAAAUCAAAUUGUGGUGAAGCAGUAGUGUGCUGAAACAACACCCAGGACGGAGUUACCUGUGAAUGCUGCAUUGUGUUCUCUGCAAUAGACAAAUAUUUGGUUAGGAAUUCACAUACAAUGACUGCUCAACAUUUUGCAAUUACAGCUUUAAAUAUAUUUUUCAAAUGUCUAAAUUCCCAGAGCAAGCAGUGACAGAUGUCAGCUGUACUCAUCCUUUACCACCUUUAAUAUGCAUCUUGAAAGGAUCUCGUUCUUUGGGAAUCACCCAGAUAAAGGCAAAAGUUGGUGCAUAAGGAAUGGCAAUAUCUUCCUGGCCACGUCUUGUGCUUUUUACUCCACUUCAUCCUCUAUCUCUGUAUUCUUCAAUACUUCUAAUUUCUGACACCCUCUCCUGACUUGGCUUUCACAGUUAUCCUUCUCACUCUCUGACUGCUGCUUUAACAUUCCUUAGGUAGUUUCUCCGCCUCCUCUGCUUAUCUCAGGGUCCUGCUUUUGGUACCCUCCUCUUCCUUAUACCUUAUCCUCCUCUGCUUGCACAGAUUCAGCUACGAUCUUUUUGCUGCUAGCUCACAAAUUGCCUUCUUCUCAUGUGACCUGCCUUCUCCUUCUCCUUCUCAGUUGUGUAUCUGACUGUUUUUCUGACAUAACAUUCUGGAUGGCCUGCCACCAAUUCAAGCUCAGGAUGACCAAAAAUGACUUCUCUCCCCCCAUUUCAAGCUCCCUUUGGUUCUAAACUUUCUUCAUUAUUGCUGGCAAUACCACUGUCCUCCCUGCUGCUCAGGCUCAAAAUUAGGGGUCCAAGAUUCUGCUGCAACGAUCACCUCCAGUCUCAUUACUCUUUUUUCUGAUCAUGUUACUCCCCUCUUCAAGUGCUUCCCUCAGCCCCUUCCUACCUACUGUACCAAACUUCUCAUCCUGGCCAUCACAGGCCUGCACCUCUUUGCCCCAGCCUACACCUUUGAUCUUGUUCCUUUUGUCCCACCUCAUCAUCUUAGUAUUGAAAUGAUACCAGCCUUCCUACACACUACAUGUCCCUCCUCCUAUUGCCAUCUUCAUGGUGCCUCCUAAUGCGUGGAGCAGCCUUCCAGACUCAAAUCACCAGGUCCUCUCCCUCCUCAUUCAAAACCCUCAUGAAGACUUACUACUUCCACACAGCCCACAAAUACUAAGCCAUGUCAGUCACACACACUCUUUCUGCCCCAACAUAACGUGAGAGAAGUAGUAAUGAGUGAAGGAAGGUAGAGAUUUAAAAUUAAAUAAGAGCACUAUGCUCAUCAAGUUAUACCUAAAAUAAGCCUAAAUUACCAUAAUGUGGUGUUAUAACUCUCUCUCUUCUCCAGUUGUUUUUGUUCUCACUGCAGGACAUCUAAAAUUAGACUGUUAGUUCCUUGAGGGUAGGAACUGUGUAAAGUACAUAGUAGUUUUAGUUUUUUGUAUUAAUAAUAACUGCAAACACAUAAAGCAUGUAGGAUGGUAGAUACAAGAAGCAAGCAAGUCUCCCCAAAACAAAAUAAAAACUGCUAAAUAACAAUCCAGCUCCUUCAGCUGCUGAUGUGCACGAUGGAAGAAACUGGAUCACACCUGAAAUAGCAAUAGGUAAGAAAAAAAACUAAGGACUGGAUCCUCAAUUCAGUGCAGAGGGGGCAGCGCGGAUGGUAGCUCUAGGCCACCUUUACUCUUCCUCCAAUCCUCUAGGAAGAUGAGGACUGAAUCCACCUCUGGCACAAUUUAGAGCAGCCAUAGCUCUAACCUACGCCUGUUCUACUGGCCCAGGAUUGUUCCCCAACCCUUGAUGCACCUGGAAAUGCUUCCCAUUGGAUACCUUCUACACCAAUGUGGGGGGGGGGGCAGGUGGAGUGAAGUUGGCAUUGUCAACUUUACACCAGCUGGGGAAAUCCUCAGCUGUCUGAUUAAAGCCUUUGUACAGCUGGAGAGGUGCCUCCGGAGGAUCUUUAUCAGAGGUGAGGAUCUGGCACUUACAAACUUUGAGCUUUGUUUAUUGAGACAGAAGGAACAAAAAGUUCUGGCUCGGUGAACCUUUAGCCAGGGUACAAAUAGUCACUGUGGGGCAGGUUUUGAAAGGUAUUUAGGUGCUUAAAAGAUGUAAAUAGGAGCCUAAUGGUCUUUUAAAAAAGUACAUAGAUGCCAAAUUCCCAGUGAUUUUGAUGGGAGUUAGGCACCUAGUUGGCUUUUCAGAAUUGCCUAUCUGCAUCUUUAGGCACUUAAAUACCUUUAGAAAUCUGACCAUUUUAAAUGGAGCCCACAACAGAGACCUAGGCCAGGGACAAUGCCUCAGCCAUAGUAUGUACAUGAUUUGAAAAAGCUAUCUUUGCAAUAUGUUUUCAGCAUGUACAGUAUAUGCUAAAUAUAAUUAAAAUGCCAUUUUGAGACUACCGAAUAUGGGAUAUGUUGUAAACAUGAAUGACAUAGCCAUAUAUGUCAAUUAUAUUGUGUUAUACAGAUGUGAGUCUGAUGUGAUCUAGAGCAGAUUUGUUGCAUACAUUUUCCAUUAGUUGACUUGAAUAAAUAACUACAGGGCUGGCCUGAGGGAAGAUGGCAACCUGGGCAAAGUUGUACAGUUGUGCCCUUUCUUU